GUCCUGUUGUGCAGAAGUGGUUAAAAUGCCAGGACUGCAAUUACUGCAGACGCUCUGAUGUCGCUGUCCUCCAAUACGGUACUGAAUAAGAACUCUGUUCCUCCCCCACCAGCGCUACCAAAAUGCCUAAUACAGUGAAAAAUCAAAGACAAAGUAUCACACACACUCACAGACGACUGGUGGAACAAGAAGACUAGGAAACUGGAAAGAGACCGAUCAGAACAUUGGAACUGGAAAGUUUUGUUUUUGUUUUAUUAUUUGGGAAUUGCAAUUUCCUCACGCGCCUUUACGCAAAGAACCAAAAAAAAAAGAGUUUUUUUUUUUUUUAAACAAUAAUUGCUAUCAUGCUCAUUUUAAAAACAGAGCAAUAACGCCCCAAAACUGUGGAUUUUAAAUAUCUGCAAUGGACCUGACAACUUUGCACAUAAAAUGGACGUUGGGAAGGCAAGUAGUAUGUUUUGUAUUCACUUGUGUCUUGGGUUUAGUUUCUGGUCAGAUACUUUACUCAAUACCAGAGGAAUUAGAGCACGGAGCUUUUGUUGGCAAUAUAGCUGAAGACGUGGGCUUAGAUGUUGCCAAACUUUCCUCUCGCCGAUUCAGAAUUGUUUCUGGUGCUAGGAAACAGUACUUAGAAGUGAAUUUAGAAAAUGGAAUUUUAUUUGUGAAUGAGAAAAUUGACCGGGAAGAGCUGUGCGAACUAAGUCCGACUUGUUUUUUGCACUUGCAAGUUGUAAUCGAAAACCCUCUGGAACUGUUUAGAGUGGAAGUAGUGAUUUUGGAUGUUAACGACAAUGCUCCCAGUUUUCCCUGGAACGAAUUCGUUCUGGAGAUCACAGAGUCGGCGGCUCAGUGCUCCCGUUUCCCGCUGGAGAGCGCACAAGACCCCGACGUGGGUACCAACUCUCUCCGCACGUACCUACUCAGCUCCAACGAACAUUUCUCACUGGAUAUUCAGACACGGAGUGACAGCAGUAAAUUCGCAGAGCUGGUGCUUGAGACGCCCCUGGAUAGAGAGCAACAAAAGACCCAUCAAGUGGUGCUGACAGCUGUAGAUGGAGGGAUGCCAGAACGAUCUGGCACGGCACAAAUCACUAUUAAUGUAUUAGAUGCUAACGAUAACGUGCCUGUUUUUGACCAAUCUUCCUAUCGGGUGAGUUUGACAGAAAAUGCCCCAAGGGGUACACUGGUUAUCAAACUUAAUGCCUCAGAUGUGGACGAGGGUUCUAACGCGGAGAUGUUUUUUUCUUUCAGUGGCCAUGUCCCCUCGAAGGUGCGGGAACUCUUUAGUGUAGAUUCACACACAGCGGAGAUAAGAGUCAAAGGUAUCGUGGAUUUUGAAAAAUCCAGUAUCUAUGAAAUGUAUGUGCAAGCCAAAGAUAAGGGUCCAUCUGCCGUGGCUGUACAUUGCAAAAUACUGGUUGAUAUUCUUGAUAUAAACGACAAUGCACCAGAAAUUAUUUUAACUUCUGUGUCCACAACUGUUCAAGAAGACGCACCUCCCGGGACUGUAAUAGCUGUCAUCAGUGUCAUGGAUCGGGAUUCAGGGAGCAACGGCAAGGUAGACUGUGCGAUUCCAAAUAAUGUCCCUUUUCAAUUACACUCGUCUUUCAAGAACUAUUACACUUUGGUUACCAGUGCAUUUUUGGAUCGGGAAACUCUCACAGAAUACAAUGUUACUGUCACAGCAAGAGAUCUGGGUUCACCUCCACUGUCCACUAAGAAGACAAUCGUAAUCCAAGUGUCAGAUAUAAACGAUAAUCCUCCACGAUUCGUGCAGCCAUCAUACACAGUCUAUGUGACUGAGAAUAAUGCCCCAGGGGCUUCGAUUUGCUCGGUGACUGCCUUUGAUCCGGAUUCGAAUCAGAAUGCUUAUCUGUCGUACUCUAUUCUUGGGGGCCAGAUUCAGGGCAUGCCCGUGUCUACUUAUGUUUCAAUCAACUCAGACAACGGCAAUAUCUACGCACUGCGCUCCUUUGACUAUGAGCAACUUAGAAACUUUCAAAUUCGAGUUCAAGCCCAAGACGCAGGUUUCCCACCUCUUAGCAACAACAUUACUGUCAACGUUUUUGUUCUGGACCAAAACGACAACGCCCCUGUUAUUGUUUCCCCUUUACCAAAAAACGACACGGUAUCCACGGAGAUGGUGCCCAGGUCCGUUGACGCUGGCUAUCUUGUGGCGAAAAUAACUGCGUUAGAUGCUGACGCUGGGCAGAACUCGCGUCUUUCAUAUCAGGUUCUGCAGGCUACCGACCCCGGGCUGUUCAGCGUAGCUCUGUACACAGGAGAAAUCAGAACAAUACGCACAUUUAUGGACAAAGAUGCCACAAGGCAAAGGCUAGUCAUUUUAAUAAAGGACAACGGACAACCACCCCUCUCAGCCACUGUUUCCAUCAUCUUAUCAGUGGUUGACAGUGUGCCAGAAACCCUUUCUGAUUUCAGCGACCCUGCUCUGAGCCAGGAACCCACCUCUAACAUAGCUCUAUACUUAAUCAUUUCUUUAAGCUCUAUUUCAUUCAUAUUUCUGGUGGCUAUAAUUGCCCUAGCAGCCAUAAAAUACUAUAAGGACAGACAUUCCACGAGGGGAAACAGCGUCUCUUUCUCAACUUGCUGCGAUUUCAGAUCCGAGGCAUCUACUGAGAUGUUUCACAAAUCUAACAUUAACCUUCAGAUAUCGUCUGGAACAAAGGUGCCCACCAGCUGUGUGGAAGUCAAUGGAAACGGACCCCUUUCUCAAGCGUAUUGUUACAAAGUGUGUUUGACCCCAGAAUCGGCCAAAAGUGACUUUAUGUUUCUGAAACCUUGCAGCUCAACGAUACCCAGGAACAAUGCUAAAGGUACCGAUAACUUGGCGAUAGGCUGGGGCGGACAGAACCACAGCCACAAUGUAAAUAAGCGUGCUAAUACACCAAACGAGAUAAAGCAACCUAACAAUGACUGGCCGUUAUCAAAGACCCAGAACCCUGCAUUGAAAGGCUACAGCUCGAUGAAUAUGGAAGGAACCCUUAUCCAGAGAGCGAUUCAGAGAGAAUCUGAACAUUUUGUGGCUGGUGGUCAGUACUGGACUUGGGGAACCCACAUGCGGGAUUAUAAGAUGCCCUCCCCAGCCUUUGGGCUGACCGAUCGGGCUUGGACUAGGUAUGGUCCCCAAUAUCAGCUUCACCCAUCCCCUGAUUAUCAACACAAUGUCUACAUCCCUGGCACACCGACAUUACAGCCCACUAGCAAGCCAAUGCAGCUCAGCGACCUGGACGUUAAGAAUUCCUUUUCCACCUUUGGGAAGAAAAAGAAGUUCAUAUCAAAUUAUGACCCCAAAGAAGAUGGAGUCAUAAACAAUGACCUUUAUUAACAAAUGACAUAGCUUAUUCUAAUUAUUAUUAUUAUUAUUAUUUUUUUAAUGCACAAAUGUAACAAAACUGCAGUUGCACGGCAGCCACUGCACAGAGUUGCUCGUCGAUGACGCAGUUUACAAUCAAAGCAGCAUAGGGUGAUAUAAUCAUGUAAUUACAUUUUUACUCAAGAAGCAGCAUGUCUGGAAACAGUACUUUAAAUAGAUGCAUUUGAGUUUCUUAACUGUUUUGCACAUAUUGAUGCACAGGCAAAGAAUGGGAAGAUCUGCAAUGGUAUGAUACUAUGGGAAAUGUACUAAUACUGGGCUAAUUUGUUGUGUCAAUCUAUUAUUAUU